AUGGAGAUUAAGCUAGAUGUUCUCAUCUCUACAUGUAUCAAGCAAAGAAAACCGUGGCCUCGCAUCUCAUGGAUUGGACAGGAAAAAGAAGCUGUUUUUCUUCUAGAUGAUAAACGCAUAAAUGAAAUUAAUCUGGUGUCAGGGAAGACAAAGAAAAAAAUCCCUCAGCUGCAGUCAUUGUUGAAAAAUGUAGUUGUUGUAACAACAUCAAGAAAUGGUGCUUGGUUGGCAGGAAUACUUACAACAGGAGAGUUAUUUCUUUGGAAUAAAGACCAGGACUGCUUGAAGAUAGUGCCAGCAAUUGAAGAGUCUAGGAAAGUAGUCGCAGCAGCACAAGAGUGUUUAAUGCGAUUGUACUUGUAUGUAUCCGGAGAUGGCAGAAAGGCACUAUUAACUACUCCUACAGCAUGUGUCUUUUUGUGGGAGAGCACAGAACUUGAAAAUACAUCCUCUUGCAAAAAUUCUUCGGGGCGUUGGAUGCAAAUUUUGCCUGAUGAAUCGGUCAUGUUGCCUUCUAUUGAGGAAAAAGAAAUUGGAGUGCAUGCUACUUUCAUACAAAAUGAGAUACUGGGCGAUUGCUGUUUGUGUUCUUUUGUGUUCUACUCUGGAGAAUGUUUGUUGCUCACAUUUUUGAUUGUUCGAUGGCAAGAAAAUAGCUUUAAAUAUGUUAGUUCUUUGCCAUACCAGAUCCACUGGCUGCAGCAGACUUGUUCUCUUGCUAAUUUAGUUCCUCAGUGUGUGUCUGUAAAGUCAAGAGGAGCUUUACUAUGUACGUUUGCAAGAGAUGGACUUCUACUUGCAGUAGCUGUUAAUCAGACUGAUCCAAAGGCAACUCAGAUUUUGUUUUUAAACACAUUGAAUUUUGUAACUGUUUCGGGUAGCCUUAAAAGUUGUAGUAGCAAGAAUAGCAAGGUCCCAUCCAAGUUUAUCAGAUCUUACUGGGUUGGUGAUAUGAGUUGGACUCCUGAUAGCCUUUUCUUGGCUUGCAUGUUAAAACGUGGUUCUUUGAUUUUAUUGACAUGUAUGGGUGAGUUGCUGACCUUGGUUACUUCUGGCUGCUCUGUGGAAUUUGGACCAGCAGAGUUUAUUCCAUUUCAUCCACUGAUAACUUACAG